AUGCUGACUGAGUUCGACGAAACACGUGGAUGUAUCGGUCUUCAGCUGUAUCUGCAAAAGACGAUGUUCAUGCGUAACGGAUGGGUCUCAGAUGCCCCAUUCACACUCAACGGAGCGAACAUAUCUGAAUGCACUAGUUACGUUUAUCUGGGUCGGGAAAUAAACAUGAUUAGCAACCUGACCCCCCAGCUAGACAGGAGGAGAGGAGCGGCUUGUUCAGCGUAUAAGAGCAGCGAGGAUGUAGUGAAGAAGACCGAUAACACUUGGGUUCGUGCUCACCUCUUCAACACCACCGUACUUCCUGCUUUGACCUGUGCUUCGGAAACCUGUGCAUUUCGUAAGCAGGAAAAAAAACACGAUGACACAAACAUUAAACGCGCAAUUGAGAGAGUGAUGCUGGGAGUAUCCCACUUCACACAAGUGAGAGACGGGUUUCGAAGUCCUCUCCUCCUAACAAUCGAAGAUUAG